AUGACUAAAACAGCGGCCAAUCAAUCGGACAUCACUUCACAGACUGUGAAGAAGUUGACGACUAGAGCGCAACUGGAAACGGCCAAAGCGGGCACGGAUUCAGUUGAAUUGGCCAAAGCGGGCACUGAUUCAGUCGGAGUAGAGGAUCUUUUGUCGCCCCCGUAUAGUGCGGUCAAUAAGAUCACAGACAAUGUGUAUUUGACGGGUGUUGGAGGUAUAGUACGCGAGAAUAUAGUGGGCCUCAGGAUCUCAUGCAUUAUUAACGCCACGUAUGAGGCGCCCAAUUAUGACGUUAAAGGGCUCGAAUGCAUUAGAGUUCCCAUCGACGAUACGGUCGAUGACGACAUUUCUCCGUAUUUGGAAGAAGUGGCGGACAAACUGAAUGAAGUGGUGUCUGAGAAUCGGAGAGCUAUAGUCCAUUGUGUGGCCGGAAUCAGUCGCUCCUCUUCUCUGGUUUUGGCAUAUUUAGUGAAAUAUCAGAAAUUGACAUUAAAGGAGGCGUUCAUUCAUUGUAGAAAGUGUCGAGAAUUGUCUCAACCAAACGUCGGUUUCUUCAAAUCACUCAUAGAAUUUGAGAGAAAAAUGUUCGGAAAAACUUCCGUUCAAAUUGUGAUUAAGGAAAUCAAUGGCCAAAACGAAGAGAUGCCGGACAUCUAUGCAGAACUGGUUAACUCGAGUGUCAAGACAUUGAACACCGCUGUCCUCAAUGCCGCACACAUUUAG